AUGGACUUUUCUCUGAAGAAUGGCCGCAUGGACUUGGCAAUGUUCUUGAUUGGUCUGCCCAACCACAACCCCAACGACAUUCACUACGCUGAGCCCGUCACGGACAUCCACCCAAGCAACCUAUCCCUUGACCUGCUUCAACAACUGAUCGCACAUCCUCGCCUCAAUUGCACAUUUGAAUCAGUGAUGGCUCGCGCCAUACUCAAGCGAGACAUGGACAUCAUCAAUAUGUUGGAACUCAAUGAGAAUGGAGAGUUCGCCACUGACUACCGCUGUGCAUUGGGAGCGGCGGCAAUGAUUGGUGAUGUGGACACAGCCGAGAUGAUCUUGAACAAUCACCCGAAUCUUUGCAUGCCUCCCGAGGAUGUUGACUUUGAUUAUCGUAGAAUUGAAGAUGAUAACCUUGUUCAAGAGUUUGAUCUCACAUAUCUCUAUAACAGGCGAGAAAGACAUCGAGUGGAUGUUUGGACGCGCGUCGAUCCUGCGGUUGGACGGCUGAUCGCACGUCACAUUACAUUGGGCAACAUUGACCACUUUGACUGUAUGAUGCUGUACAACGUCAUGGGCGCGGCAUGUCGUCCUCAGACCAAGAUGACAGAGGAUGUUGUCAAAGAGUUAAUCAUUGGAUGUUGUUGGACACAAUCAUUCAGUUUGACGAAAGGCCACUGUUCGUCUAUGCGAUACCUCAAUGUGUUCAUCGAAGUGAUGUCCAAUCUCUCCAAUUCAUUAUCGAUGUGA